CCGCCCAAGAACCACUAGAGGUUCUCAACUCAGCUCCGAAGAUGGCCGACCACGCUUUUGCGGGUACCAGUGGCAACACAUCUUUGCGGGGUCUACGAGAACGCUUGGUUGCCGUCGCUCAAGAACUAGCCGAAGAACGGCGACGUAAACGUGGUAUUAAUUCUUCUGCAGUUACUUCUAAGAGAUCGUCGUGUACACCUGUUUUAGAUGGUUCCGUCCUUAAAAAUGAUAUCAAACAACAAUUAGCCAAAGAACGCAGAGAAGAGAGAAAACGCCAGCAAGAAGCCAACAAGGAAAAACAACUGCUUGAGAAACAACAAAAGGCUAAGCUACAGUAUGAAAAGCAAUUGGAAGAAAGACACCGCAAACUGAAAGAACAAAAGGAAAAGGACGAGCGACGCCGAGUAUCUGCAGAAGAAAAAAGAAAACAGAAACAGGCGGAAGACAAAGAAAAAUUUAAGGCUGUCGUGUCUCGUACAAUGGAGAGAUGCAAUCGUGCUGAUCAGCGACAGAAAAGGUGGUCGUGGGAGGGCGGUGCGAUCAACACUGACAAGUCUGGAAAAAUGGAAAGUAAACGAAGCUCUUCUCUGAAUAGAAAAGACAUACACCCCAGUGUUGAUGUGGAGCACGUGGACAGCACGCCUGGCAUGACCAAAUAUGUUUUCCGCUAUGUGACUGCACCAGUGUUUACUAGUGAUGGGCUGAAGUCUUCUGCAAUACUCUGUAAGUCAUCAGUAAAAACGCCACUUCCGGCCAAAUUAGAAAUAACAACCACAAAGAAAAUUGAAACAUCUCUCAAGGAAAACAUGGAAAGACCAGCAAAGGAGAAUGCAGAAAUGCCACCUAGGAUGAACAUGAAAGAACCCACACAGGCAAACAUGGACAGACCAUCUAAGGCUGAUGUGGAAAUGGCACUCCGAAACAUAGAGGACUUCUCUGCUGCUAAGGUGGACAUUUCCCCCAAGGUACUCGCUUGUGGGAGCUCAAUGAGUCACCCUGAAUCAAAUGCGAAAGAAUUCCCCCAAAUGAAUGUGGAUGCCUCUUCAAGUGUUGAACCAUCCCCCAUUGUGAGCGAGGAUUCAUCCCCCAUUCUGAGUACCAGAUCAUCCUCCUUUCUGAGUGUGGAAAUAUCGCCUGUUGUGAGCAUGGAUACCUCACCAGAAUUAAGUACGGGCUCGGCAAGUGCUGUGCCCUCGGAAACACACAUAGAAACAUCUCAGACUUCUCUUAAGACCAGCAGGGAAUUAAACCUUGAGGCCAGUAUGGAAGCACAGCCUGAGACAAGUGUUGAAGGACCACCCCAGAAUUCAGAAGUGGACAACGCAAGAAACAUAAACCUUACCACCAAGAAACAGCCAUCACAAAUACCGUAUUACAGAUGGCCGUCAUCUCCUGCACUUGGGUGGCGCUCACCUUUUCCCAUGAAGGCUGUCAGGCAGAAUCAAAAGAUCCGACCUCCAUCCCCUCUACCAGUCUCAUCAAAACUAUCAACGAAGACUUCUCUAUCGUAUAAAAUAACCCCAGUUCAGAAUAUCCUGUAUGUGCCAAAUGCAUUAGGCACAAUAACAAAGACAAAAAAACUCACUCAAAAGCGUAUGAUCAACAGAGAAUCUGGUAAUAAAAGUGUGCCAAGCAGUGAAACGGCCAUGAAAGUUUCGAUAGAGAUACACCAUGCUGCUUAUGAACAAAAAGGCAAAAAGGAGAAUGAAAGAAACCAGCAAGAGACAAACCAAAGAAUUUCUAGAAAAUCAGAAGGUAUGGUAGAGAGAGUGGAUAAAGUCCCAGUAGAAGAAUUCUCACCACAAAAAAAUGAGCAGCAAAAAAAAGAUCUGACAAGGAGACAUUUUGAACCACCGGAAGAACAGAAAGAACAGCUACAGAAAGGGGACAAGACCGUGAUGAAAUCCCAGGACAGUACUGAAAGUAGACAGAAUGAACAGGAAAGAAUUAUGUUACAAAAUUUGCAAGAAAGAUUAGAAAGGAAAAAGAGAGUUGAGGAAAUAAUGAAGCGGACAAGGAAGACAGAUGUGAAUACCUCAAAGGAGUUUUUACCUACUCUGAGCAGGAGUCCUUUGGAGGUUUCAGAAAUAUCUGAUAAUUGCCCAUCUGAAGAGGAUGAAGCAGAUGAUGAAGGUGAAACAGAAAGUGAUAAGGACUCCCUGGAGAUGUUACCAUCAGGAAUGAAUACGGCACUUAGCAAGCUCAAAAAGUUUCACAAAAAUACCAAGAGGAAGCAUCAAAAGCUAGUGUUUUUGCAAGCGGGAUCUGGCGAGGUUGAUUCGGAGAAGAAAGUCUAUUUGAAUGGGAACAUGAAAGCUAUCAAACAAAACGACCCAAAAGAAUCUACAAGUCAAGCAAAGGGCACUAAGACACCUACCAAAAAGCAACCUACCCGAACAGUGAGGAGCAGAAAAACAAGAGACGCCAACCCCACCAUCCGAUCUGCAGUGAGCGUCACUACCAACCAGGAGUGGGUCUGUGACAACAUUAUAGACCCUAGUCACACCGCCGAAUCACCUGUCCCAAAGACCACCGCUGAGAGCAACAAACACGAUUCAAAGGAUUCUGUGGCAGCUCGCCAAGGUCCUCAGGUACCGCUGGACCCUAAGAAACAAGGCAAACCUGUGGCUGUUCCUUUGAAGAAGGUUUUCUCAAACCUCAACUUAGCUGGAAGAGCGACUGCGCUUGAAGACCCCUUUGCCUCUGGCUGUUCCUGGAUGGCAUUUGGAGGAGGCGAAGAAGACAGUGAUACAUGAACACCAUGGAGCCUGGGUGGGGGGGUGAUCUUCUUCCACUCCAUAUUAAAACUCCUAAGACCAAGACUCAAAAAGUGUCUUCUUCAUACUUGAAACUGGCAAUGGAAUUUAAAAUCAAAGAAAGGAAAACAAAGAAUCCCAUCCAAUAGUCACCUCAACACCUACUUAAGAGAAUGUUAAUAACACCUUAUUCUCUAGGGAAAAUUUUGAGUAAAGAGGUUACUGUUUUCCUUGGAAAACAAUCUUUAUUGUCUCUUUCUUGGAUUUUCUAUCAGUGGGUAUAUGUCAAGGGAUUCCUCACAGAUUUUUUCAUUAAAUGAUCAUUUUCAGUCCUCCAAAAAAUUCUAUUAAAGGAAUAUCUCUAUUCCAGGAUCUAUUUGAAACCCUAAAAUAGUUGAUUCUGGUUAAUGGUGACACUACUUUGCCAGCUAGAAACAAUCUGAUCUCACAGAGACCAUAACAGGAAUUCGGAGUGCUCACUAGAGUUGGGUCAGAGUCUUCCUGAUAGACAUAACCCUGCUUCACUGCCUGUACAUACGUA